GCCUCAGUCGGUCUGCAGCCGCACGGCCACCGCGAGCCAGCCGCCGCAGCCUGCGUGCAAGCUCAGCGCCCCCGGGAGAGCAACGCGAGCCCCCAGAGCCCGCACCAUGCAGGCCACUGCCGAUUCCACCAAGAUGGACUGUGUGUGGAGCAACUGGAGAAGUCAGGCUAUUGACCUGCUGUACUGGCGGGACAUCAAGCAGACGGGCAUAGUGUUCGGGAGCUUCCUGCUGCUGCUCUUCUCCCUGACCCAGUUCAGCGUGGUGAGCGUCGUGGCCUACCUGGCCCUUGCUGCACUCUCGGCCACCAUCAGCUUCCGCAUCUACAAGUCUGUCUUACAAGCUGUGCAGAAAACCGACGAGGGCCACCCUUUCAAGGCCUACCUGGAGCUCGAGAUCACCCUUUCUCAGGAGCAGAUCCAGAAGUACACAGACUGCCUGCAGUUCUACGUGAACAGCACUCUUAAGGAACUGAGGAGGCUCUUCCUCGUCCAGGACCUGGUGGAUUCCUUAAAAUUUGCAGUCCUGAUGUGGCUCUUGACUUACGUUGGAGCUCUCUUCAAUGGCCUGACCCUGCUGCUCAUGGCUGUGGUUUCAAUGUUUACUCUACCUGUAGUGUACGUUAAGCACCAGGCACAGAUUGACCAAUAUCUGGGACUUGUGAGGACUCACAUAAAUGCUGUUGUGGCAAAGAUUCAGGCUAAAAUCCCAGGCGCUAAAAGGCAUACUGAGUAGAUCGAUCUCCCACCGGGGACUGGACACAAACAGGAAUGUCUGGAGUGGUAACAGCUCUCUUCUUACUCGUUACUGCAAAUUGAUUGUUUUCCCCCCAGUACCAUAAUCUUAGAGACAAACUUUAAAACAGCUGUUUUCAGGCUGUUUCUGUAUUCUUAGGAUAUUUGAGUCACUUGUGUCAAGCACUAAAGUAUAGAGAAAAGUGUAUUAGAUGUGGUUUUUCAUUUCGUGUUGCUAAAAAAAGUGCAUGAUGGUGAGAGCCCCAGUUAUCUGUCCUUCAGUAUCCUCCUCCUCCUCUCUGCAGCGCUUCUGUAGCUUCUGACGUUCCCCGCGGCUAGGCCUUUCCUGCCGAGUGCACGGAUACAAUAGUGGAAAUCGCUUAUAUGUCCUUAGGUUGCUGGUUGGGUUAAUCUUUAAUAACAAUAUAUAGAAUUGUAGACUGAUGUUUUAGCAGUUUUCCAACACACACAACGUAAAAAUAAAAACAGCCGACCGUACUUAUGAUCAUCAGUUUUGUAUAACUUAAAAUAAUUAAAUAAAUGAAUAAACCCAAAACGAACACGUGGUACUUUUGUUGUAUGGGAUUGAUGGGCUGAUUUACAUGUGUGGUAACUAAAAAAGUACCAGCAUGUUAACUUUAUUACAAUUUGUAUUACUUUCUCUGUAGUUCCUCACGGACUUAAUUAUGGACUCUAGAUAUUUGCACUUAUGUACUUGAUACUGAAUGCAUAAAUAAAUGUUACUAAAUGUAGAAAGUU